GGGGUUUCUCCCGGAAGUCACUCGUGUAAAACAACACCACUUUCAGUUCCGCGUUACACUUGAGACAAAUUCCGAGAAUAGACUUUGUUGUCUUAUUAGGAGUUUGAGGAAUGGCUAUAUUCAGUGACUGCUCUGUGGUUCUGGACCUGAAAAAUGUCCCUUUUAAGGAGAAAAGAAAGCUGAUGACUGCUAUAUUGGACAAUGGAGGAAAUAUAUCAUAUGUAGUGAACCAAAAGUGUUCGUUUGUGGUUGCGACCAGCCUGGAGAACAUAAGCACGAGCAGGUGGAGGAGUGCUCAGAAACACCAGACGCCUGUGGUCGAUCUGCAGUAUGUGUGGAGCUGCCUGGAGAAAGGACUGCUGCUUCCUGUCCAAGAACACGUCUUAAAGCCACAGAGCUCCGACCUCACACCUGAACAAGCUCCACACCCUGCAGGAGUGAAGUCCAGAGAUUGGCUUCAGGUCCGAAACAGUGGCGUUGAUGAUGAGAGAGCCCAGAUUGAGGCGAAGGAUGGUUCGUACCUGGGCCGGUUCAGAUUCUACACGGAAAAUGAUCGUGAUGUGCCGGAAUUUUCUUCAGAUUUCCAAGUUGCCAAGUAUUCCAUUUUGUCCAAGCUCAAGACCUGGUCAGUUCUGGAGCUUCAGAGUGCCAAAGGCCAAGCAGGACAGCAAUAUCGUGUCGUGAGCUCCAUCAUGCACGAGGCAGAGAAGAGUGUAUCGUGGGAUAAGCAGGUGCACAGCUGUAGCUCUGAGGAUGCUGUGGAGGCGUAUCUGAUGCUGAGAAAGGAGCUGCAGGUCCAAGGCUUCACUCAGACGCAGACAUUUCCCCCAUGGGCUGAAAAGCUGACCUCUCACGGCCUCCGGCAGCUUCUGUUGGAGGAGAAGCUGAACUGCAGUACAGUCUCCCAGGAUGUGGGCGUCUUUGUAGAACUCAUCUGGACGGAAGCUCUCGGUUCACUCAGGAGUAUCCUGACGGUCCCUGUUACCAACAUCAGUCUCAAUGAUGUGAGCAGGGUGGAAGGAUUACUGCUGCAAGUACAGAAGAGUCAGCGCCAGGACGAAGUCAAGGGUCUGCUGGAGCAAGUCAACACUCUGCUACCUCUUAGAAUAAGAGAGCCAGACUCAAAAAACAAGCUGGUGUCCCAGAAACUAGAUCUCUGUCAGCUGAUCAGAGAUAUCCUGAACAUGACGGAGGCGACUUUGGGAAACCCCAGUCCAUCCUCUCUGGGGAAAUAUCGUGCUCUGAGGUGCAGUAUUGAGCAGGUGCCGUGUCAAAGCCCAGAGUUUCUGCGCGUCAGCCAGCUUCUGCAGGAUCGGCCAGCUCAGAUCCAGCAGAUACUGCGUGUGAGUAGAGCGACAGAGCUUCGUAUGUUUAAGAAUGAACUCGGCAACGUGAAGUCUCUCCUCCAUUCCACCAGUUCCAGCAGCCUGGUAGGAAUCCUGUCUCGGGGUCUGUUACUGCCCAAGGUCGGAGUAGAGCAGCAUGGGAUUGAAAGAACAGACAUCGGGAAUCUGGGAAGUGGCAUCUACUUCAGUGACUCGUUAAACACGUCGGUCAAAUAUUCCAAAGCCAGUGUGACUGAUGGCUGUCGGCUCCUGCUGGUCUGUGAGGUGGCUCUGGGCCAGUGUAAAGACCUGCACGAAAGGGCUUUCGGUUUGACCUCCGCCCCUGAGGGCUACAACAGCGUGCAUGGAGUUCGCCGUACAGAAAAGACGCACUCUGAUUUUGAGGAUGAUGAAUACGUGGUGUAUAACACCGACCAGAUCAGGCUGAAAUAUGUAGUUCGGUAUUUUCUACCCGAGGAUGAAGUGAAAGACUUUCAGCCUCAUGUUGACACGACUCUAGCACCUCUACAUUCUGCUUCAUCUUCUCACUUCUUGUCCAGUGAUGACGGUGAGGGUUUGGGCGUGACCAAAAACCCUCUGGAGGAGGUCACUGCUGGUUUAUUGGACAGUAAUGGUCAGACACUCCCCCUGCAGGCUGUGCAUGUGAGAUGUAAGCUAAUGGACCUUCUCUCUCAGGUUGUCAUUUUCCAGACAUACACAAAUGACAGCAGUGUUCCUAUUGAGGCGAAGUAUGUCUUCCCUCUAGAAGAGACCGCAGCAGUGUGUGGUUUUGAAGCCUUCAUUAACGGAAAGCAUGUUGUUGGAAAGGUAAAGGAGAAGGAGCAGGCGCGUAAAGAAUACAAGCAGGCUAUAGAGAAAGGCCAUGGAGCCUACCUGAUGGACCAGGAUGCACCUGAUGUGUUCACCAUCAGUGUGGGAAACCUGCCCCCUGGAGCCACAGUGCUGAUUAAAGUGACGUUCAUCACUGAGCUGGUUGUGAGAGCAGGCACCAUCGUCUUCUCCCUGCCAGGCAGUGUAGCUCCAUGGCAGCAAAGCUCAGCACUGAACCAGAGAACCCAGACGACCGUUGAAAAGGUCUGUGUGAACGAGCUUCAACCAGAGGGAGAAUUCUCUCUGUGCAUGUCUAUCGAGAUGCCUUAUGAGAUCGUUAACCUGGAGUGCUCUCAUCAAAUCAAAAUCAAGAGGACGGAUUGUAAGGCUGUAGUGAGCACGUUACCAGACCAGACUCUCAGCACCGACGGCUUCCGGCUCAGCUUUACGCUGCAUCAGAUCCAUAUGCCCAGAAUGUGGGUGGAGAAACAUCCAGAGAAGGACACUGAGGCCUGCAUGUUGGUGUUUUAUCCACACUUUGAGUCCAGCGGCGUUUCUGGGUCAGAUGUGAGUGAUGUGAUCGUUGUGCUGGAUACGUCGGAGUCCAUGCGAGGAGAGGCGAUGCUGAACGCACGCAGGAUCGCUCUGAAGGUCCUCAACUCACUGGACCGGUCACUUCGAGUCAACAUCAUCUCCUUUGGCUCUGAUUACAAAGAGGCCUUCCCUUCAGCAAAUUCGCUAGAGGAGGGAUUUGAAGAAGCCAAGAACUUCAUUAUGUCCUCGGCUGCUGUGGGCGGAAGCACUGAGCUAUGGAGACCUCUGCGCACCCUGAAUCUUCUGCCUCCUUCACGUGGUGUGAGAAACGUGGUGCUGAUCUCCGAUGGACAUGUGCAGAACCAGCCUGAAACCCUGCAGCUGGUGCGAGACAACGUCAGACACACACGCCUCUUCACUUGCGGCCUUAGCCUGACAGCUAAUCGUUACAUGCUCAGAGCCCUGGCUCAGGCAGGUGGAGGAACUUAUGAGUUUUUUGACACAAAGGCAAAGCACACGUGGGCUGAGAAGGUGAAUUCUCAGGUGAGGUGCAUGGUAUCACCAGGCUGCAGUUCUGUGGCAGUGAAGUGGCAGCAGUUCAACCCCACAGCGCCCUCUCCUGUUCAGGCUCCCUCACAGCUCCACGCUCUCUUUAGUGACUCGCACACUCUGGUCUAUGGCUUUGUCCCACACUGCACUCGGGCCACACUGUUUGGUGAUCUGAGUGGGCAGGAAAUCGAGACCAUGGUUUGUACGACAGAAUUACAGGAGACGAAAGGAACAUUCCUUCACAAGCUAACAGCAAGAGCGAUCAUCAGAGACUAUGAGGAUGGCAGCCUUGGCUCUAGUGAGGCUGAGCAUGAGGGGAAGAAAGCAGAGCUCAAAUCCUACAUCAUCGAGCUCAGUAAAGAGUUCUCCAUCCUGUCGCAGUUCACCAGCUUCGUUGCUAUUGAAGAGAGAGACCAGGAACAACCUGAGUCCGGCUUUACUGACGUCCCUAAGAUAAUUGCAGAGGAAGAUGUGGAUAUUCUCUCUUACAUGGGCUGGACCGAACAGAAACAGUGGGAUGAGGAGGCCGACUCGGGAUCUGUUCUACUGGGAGGAUAUUGUGAACUGGAAGGGGAUUCUCCACUGGAAGGGGAUUAUCUACUGGCAGAGGAGGACGAGUUUUAUGAAGCAUGUGAAUGCGGUGAAAUCGAGUCAUUAGAAAUGGGGUUCUCUUGCCUCGAGUCAGCAAUGGUGGAAGAUGUCAGCUCCACUACCGGGAGCGUGCCACAGUUUGAAGCAUUUUCCUACACAACUUCCACAAAUACAAACGAAAAGACAUGCUCAUCUCUUCCACCUCUGCAGGAACAAAUGGCCAGGCCCUCAUCAGGAGACUUUAACAGAAAUAAGCCUUUCCCGAAGUUUAAACGUGUUAAACGUGUUAAACGUGCACUUGACCCUGUGAGACUCAGCUUGCCUGCAACUAAUUUCGAUCAAGGUCUUGGUUUUGGUUCUGAUGUUUAUGGAUCAGCUACUCGUGAUGUCUUAGAUCAUAGUGAUCUAGUCUUUACUUCCCCCCAGAUAUCUUCUCCUCCUUCUCGUUCUCCCAGAAAUGAAUUUGAAGCCCAUCCUCCUCGUCCUAGUUCUAACAUUCAAGGAGCAUCUCGUUUAAUUGGAGAAGCCCACCCUCCUCUUAGUUCGUGUUUUCAAGCUCUUCCUGGUGAAGGUUUGGAACCUCUUAAUCUUGUUUUGAUGGAGUCUCCCCUUAGUGAUAGUUUGAGAGCAACUACUUCUGAUCUUGUUUUCAGAGCCGCUGCUCCUACUCGACGUACUAUUGGAGCUCCUCUUCGUCGCACUUUCGUUGAUUCAUUAGGUCGAGAUUGUGUUACCUCUCAUGCCCCUUCUCCUUCUUUUGGUAUUGCUCCUCGUCCUUCACUUCCUAAUGUUGAUUCAGUAGAUCGAGCUUGUCGUACCCCUCAUGCCCCUUCUCCUUCUUUUAGUACUGCUCCUCGUCAUUUACUUCCUAGUGUUGAUUCAAUAGAUCGAGCUUGUAUUGCCGAUCUUGCCCCUUCUCCUUAUCUUAGUAUUGCUGCUCCUCCUCCACCUCCUAGUGUUGCUUUUGGUUUUGGUGGCUCUGCUCCUCCUCCUCCUCCUCCUAGUGUUGAUUUUGGUUUUCUUGGCUCAGCUCCUUCUCCUGCUCGUCCUCCUAGUGUUGCUUUUGGUUUUAGUGGCUCUGCUCCUCCUCCUCCUCCUCCUAGUGUUGAUUUUGGUUUUCUUGGCUCAGUUCAUUCUGCUGCUCGUCCUCCUAGUGUUGAUUUUGGUUUUGGAGCCCCUGCUCAUCCUCCUCCUCCUCCUAGUUUUGCUUUUCGUCUUGGAGCCUCUGCUCAUCUUCCUCCUCCUGGAGUUGCUUUUGGAGCCCCUGCUCCUCCUCCUCCUCCUCCUCCUGCUCCUAGAGUUGCUUUUGGUUUUGGAGCCCCUGCUCAUCCUCCUCCUCCUCCUCCUAGUGGUGCUAUUGGUUUUCAAACUUCAUGUUCUAAUCUUCUCCAACUCCAGAAGCCGCCAUCUUAUCGUCCUGUUGAACAAAAAAGCCAAUCUCGGUACACUGAGACAGUAGUUGAAGUGGACAGCGGUUCGGCAGAAUCAUACGUUUCCACAAUUAUGAAUCGACUCACAAGAUUGUGUGAAAUAGAAAACAGUGCUAUAAACCAAAGCACAGUUCCCCUUGUGGAAACAGACGGCGACUCGGUGCAGACAGACGGCGUAAGUAAACGACACAGACGACCUGACAGGAUCAACUGGGACGAGCUGUUUAACCUUCAACACCGGGAUGGCUACUGGGAGUGUACUGGGACACUGAGUAGAUUCCUGGGCCUGGAUGUAGACUUCUUUGCUAAUGUCUUCCUGAGAGAGAAAGGCAUCUGUUCUUUGGGUGCAAAGGCUCAUGCGGACAUCCUGAAGCUGAUAUCCACGCUGCUGGUGCUACAGUUGAUGCGAGUGAUGAAGAUGGCAGACGGGGAGCUCUUCCAGUCUCUCUUCCGCCUCACUGACCGCCCCGAACCCAGGCCGGCCUGCUGGGAGGCAGUGAAGAGGGCAGUGGAGUGGGUGUGCUGGGCAGACAGACAGUACCCGUGUAUGUGCAGCAGGCUGGAGUUUGGCCGGGACUGGGAGUCCUGCACACGCCAACUUCUGGGAUUGGACUCGCUUCCUCCCUUCUCACCUCUGAUCCCUGUGCUCCAGAGAAGUACACGCCUGCCAGUCAAUCGGCACGAGACAGUCAUUUUUCAAACAAGUACAGUAGGUCGUUAAUAUUUGCAGUGAUAAGUCCUACCACGUAAUCCUGUUGUCUUUAGAUCAUUUAGGAACACACUGUAUAUGUUAUUUUAACCCGGAGCAGUUUGUAAAAUGCUCUUCGAUGUUAUAUUUCAUAAUCCUAUCAUGUGAGUUUGCCAGUCAUAAGAAGUGAUCUGUUUUAACGUGUGUACAUGUGACAGAAAUGAAGCAAGUGUCGUGUCAUGCGCUUGAUGCUCAGAGGAAGAGAAAUCUGUGUCACCGCUUCUCUAUGGCCUUUUGGUUCUAUAUCCUGUGCUCUAAACGAGUCGCAUUCACAGGUUCAUCUGAGGUUGAUUACACACUCCUGCUCGCUGCCUUCUGCAUCAUUCAAUUUCAGUCCGUCUGACCUUUCAUGCAGCUUCCCAUCUGGAUUCCCCGAAAUGAACAUUUCAUACCGUCACGGAUUUUAUUAGCUGAACUACCGGGGACUUUAACCGGAACAAGGUUCUAUGAUCAGAACCUAAACCUUCACUGUUGUUGGAGGAUGCGUGACGUUCCAGGACCGUUUUAUCUCCAAAGGUUCUCGGAAAUCACCUUCCAUAUCGCGCCGGGAAAUAUUCAACGACGGGAGAACACUCCGUGCUGUAUAAAACAUUUAAAAAUGUGUGUGUUUGUUUUUUAAAUAAGGAUUUUUAAUAAGACAUUUUUAAUAAACUUUUAGAUUAGAAUAUAUAUGUUCUGUUUAGAGCUUUAAAAUACAGUAGACCCCUAAAAUAAAUGCUGAGUAUAUAGAAUAUAUUAAUAAAGUGUGAUGAAUAUGUGCAAAUAACAUUUAGCAUUAUUACUAAGAAGCAGAAGCUAAUAAUCCAUAUUAGUUAACAAGCAUAAUCAAUAUGUUUAAUCGAUAUUUAAGCUACCAACGUGGCAGCAUUGGUAGCUCAAUGGCCACGAUGUUGGAAUACUGAUCGGAAGAUCGUGAGUUCAAAUCCCAGCACUGCCGAGCUGUCACUGUUGGGCCCGUGAGCGAGGCCCUUCUUUUUCCUCAACUGCUCAGAUGUACGAAUGAGAUAAAUGUAAGUCGCUCUGGAUAAGCGCGUCUGCCAAAUGCCGUACAAAUAUAUUUAGAAGCAUAAAACAUUUUCUAAUCGAGUUCUAUUGUAAGUGUGUACCGAGUUAGAAGAAUCCUGUGUUUUCUCAGCCAAAAAUGAGCAUUUAGAGAUUCACCGACAUUCACUGUGUUUCCAAUCAAGACCCCUUUGAAGCUUGCAGACCAAAUAAGGCUUGAAGAAAAAAAAAAAAAAAAAGAGUGUAUCGAGCCGGGAUGAAAGCCAGAAAGUCAGUAAGGUGCUAGGAAAUGAACUUUGUACAGACUAUAAAAGCUCCGUCCGGAUAAAACCUUUCUAAAACGCAACUAACUCCGCAUGCGCGACAAAUCGAAGAUAUCCUAUAGACGUGAAUAAUUCAUGGUGGGGAAGGAGAUUGGUUUGUUUUUGGGAAGAAAGGGUAAAACCCCGCCUCACUGUCUCAUAUAUUUUUGCAUGAAAUGAUACUUUCUGCAGACUGGCUUACUGUAUUGUUUAAAUAAAGUUGCAUUUCUUUUGACAUCCAUAUCCGCUGGUCUUAUGGAUGGGGUUUUUGGACUUUGGUUGGAGGGAUUUUUUCACGACAAGUAUUGAAAGUGUUUCUAUGACAUAUAAUAAACCACAUUUAUACAUUUA